GUCACCAAUGUCUUCUUCCUUCUCCUCCUCCAUCGUUUAAACCCUAAUCUCUCUGAUCACGUAGCAAACACAAUUCAAGAUGCAUCGUGUUCUUCAUCUUCUCAUCAUCGCCUCCGUUACGAUCUCGAUCCUCGCCGAGAAUGAUUCUAUAUACGAUGUCCUUAAAGCACAUGCCUUACCAAUGGGGCUAUUACCAAAAGGUGUGAAGGAGUUUAACGUGGACACCAAGACGGGACAGUUCUCGGUUUUUUUAAACCGAUCGUGUAAGGCUAAGUACGAGAGCGAGAUACAUUACGAGGCGAAUAUUACGGGAACGAUAGGUUACGGAAGCAUCGGUGGUUUAACGGGUAUAACGGCGCAGGAGCUCUUUCUUUGGUUUCCGGUUAAAGGGAUCCGUGUGGACAUACCUAGCUCUGGUGUUAUAUACUUUGAUGUCGGAGUUGUUCGUAAGCAGUACUCUAUGGCUUUGUUCGAGACGCCUAGAGAUUGUGUUGCUGUUGAGAAUGAGGAUGAGUUUCGUGGGGAUGAUAAGAUUCGGUCGUCUAUGUUACAAUUCUAUGAAGUAGAUGAAAGUGUUGGGAGAAACAUUGUGUAGCCAAAAAGAGUUGAUGAAUGUUGUAAUGAAGAUGUGUUUAUAAAGUUAUACAAGUUAGAAAAAUUUUAGCUACUCAUGGAUUUUUGAAGACACAUAGACAGAUACACCUUCCAUUUGAGGUCAGAUGCUCUUUUCUUCCACGUUUGAUUUGUUCGGUCUGUUUUGAAGUGGAAGUGAGAGAUGUGAGCGUAAGUUUAGACGGGAAGAACAAGUGUCGGAGGGUUUUGUAUGGAAUGUUGAGAUUCGGUUGUUGGAGCGAUCAUAGGUGAAUGAAUGUUUUUGUAUUUUUUAUGUUUUGCACUUUGUCAUGUAUUUUUCUUCUCCUAGCAAUCUAGCAUAAUACAUAAUAUGUAUGUAAUGUCUAAUAUAUGUACCUGUGUAAUCAUAUUCUUUAUCCCAAUAAGAUUGUUUACAGUUUGCUGUAUUUUCCGUUCACUUGCUUAAAUCAU